UGCGUUAGAGAGCUGCGAGCCCAGAACCCGGGAGAAGUUGGAAAGGUCGGUAGGGGAGGGCUGGAAGAAAUUGCGAUCAGAUCCCCGCCCUGGUCGGCUGCGCCCGGGAGGAGAGUCUCUGCAGUGUCCAGGUCGAGUGUGGACGCGCCGCGCGCGGCCCCGCCAGGGCUGAGAGUUUGCAGACCAUCCCUGCCGCGGCCCGCUCGGCGGCGGCCCUGCGGCUCCCCCUGCAGCCGCGGCGGCCCCGGGCGCGAUCGAGCCCAGUUAGCCGCGCCGCAGGCUCGGGGCGCCGCGACCCCUUGCCCCGCCGCGCCCUGGGCCCCGCGUGGACGGCGGCUGGCGGGCGCUCCCGGCUGCUGCUGCUGCCCAACAAGGAGCAGGAUGGAAACGAGGAAAGGAAAUCGGCUGACGCAGGAGCCCGAGUGAGACGAAGAAACCCACAAGCCCAGCCUACACCAUGAACUUGUGUCUCCCGUCUACGCUUUAAGAGACCAGGGCAGGUGAAGUUGCCAGAGAGCAAUGGCUGUCUUUACUCCGUGGAAGCUGUCCUCGCAGAAGCUGGGAUUUUUCCUAGUGACUUUUGGCUUUAUUUGGGGAAUGAUGCUCCUGCAUUUUACCAUCCAGCAGCGAACUCAGCCCGAGAGUAGCUCCGUGCUGCGGGAGCAGAUCCUGGACCUCAGCAAGAGGUACAUCAAGGCGCUGGCAGAAGAAAACAGGAACGUGGUGGAUGGCCCCUAUGCGGGGGUCAUGACUGCUUACGAUUUGAAGAAGACUCUUGCUGUGUUGUUGGAUAACAUUUUGCAGCGUAUUGGCAAGUUGGAGUCAAAGGUGGACAACCUUGUAAUCAAUGGUACAGGAACAAACUUGACCAACUCCACCACAGCUGUUCCCAGCUUGGUAGCACUUGAGAAAAUUAAUGUGGCAGAUAUCAUUAAUGGAGCUCAAGAAAAAUGCAUAUUGCCUCCUAUGGAUGGCUAUCCCCACUGCGAGGGGAAAAUCAAGUGGAUGAAAGAUAUGUGGCGCUCGGACCCCUGCUACGCAGACUACGGAGUGGAUGGGUCCACCUGCUCCUUUUUUAUUUACCUCAGUGAGGUUGAAAACUGGUGUCCUCAUUUACCUUGGAGAGCAAAAAAUCCCUAUGAAGAAGCUGAUCAUAAUUCAUUGGCAGAAAUUCGUACAGAUUUUAAUAUUCUCUACAGUAUGAUGAAAAAGCAUGAAGAAUUCCGGUGGAUGAGACUGCGGAUCCGGCGAAUGGCUGACGCAUGGAUCCAGGCAAUCAAGUCCCUGGCAGAGAAGCAGAAUCUUGAAAAGAGAAAGAGGAAGAAAGUCCUUGUUCACCUGGGACUCUUGACUAAAGAAUCUGGAUUUAAGAUUGCGGAGACAGCAUUCAGUGGUGGCCCUCUUGGUGAACUGGUUCAGUGGAGUGAUUUAAUUACAUCUCUGUACUUACUGGGCCAUGACAUUAGGAUUUCAGCUUCACUGGUGGAGCUCAAGGAGAUAAUGAAGAAGGUUGUGGGAAACCGAUCUGGCUGCCCAACCGUAGGAGACAGAAUUGUUGAGCUCAUUUAUAUUGACAUCGUAGGACUCGCUCAAUUCAAGAAGACCCUCGGACCAUCCUGGGUGCAUUACCAGUGCAUGCUCCGAGUCCUGGACUCAUUUGGCACAGAACCAGAGUUCAACCACGCCAACUAUGCCCAGUCGAAAGGCCACAAGACCCCCUGGGGCAAGUGGAAUCUGAACCCACAGCAGUUUUACACCAUGUUCCCUCAUACCCCAGACAACAGCUUCCUGGGGUUUGUGGUCGAACAGCACCUGAACUCCAGCGACAUCCACCACAUUAAUGAAAUCAAGAGGCAGAACCAGUCCCUUGUGUAUGGCAAAGUGGAUAACUUCUGGAAGAAUAAGAAGCUCUACUUGGACAUCAUUCACACGUACAUGGAAGUCCACGCCACUGUUUACGGCUCCAGCACAAAGAACAUCCCCAGCUACGUGAAAAACCACGGGAUCCUCAGUGGACGGGACCUGCAAUUUCUUCUCCGUGAAACCAAGCUGUUUGUUGGCCUUGGGUUCCCUUAUGAGGGCCCGGCUCCCCUGGAGGCCAUCGCCAAUGGAUGUGCUUUCCUGAAUCCCAAGUUCAAUCCACCCAAAAGCAGCAAAAACACAGACUUUUUCAUUGGCAAGCCAACUCUGAGAGAGCUGACUUCCCAGCAUCCUUACGCUGAAGUUUUCAUCGGCCGGCCACACGUUUGGACUGUUGAUCUCGACAAUCAGGAGGAAGUAGAGGAUGCAGUGAAAGCAAUUUUAAGUCAGAAGAUUGAACCGUACAUGCCGUAUGAAUUCACAUGUGAGGGGAUGCUCCAGAGAAUCAACGCCUUCAUCGAGAAGCAGGAUUUUUGCCACGGGCAAGUGAUGUGGCCGCCUCUCAGUGCCCUGCAAGUGAAGCUUGCUGAGCCCGGGCAGUCCUGCAAGCAGGUGUGUCAGGAGAACCAGCUCAUCUGCGAACCUUCCUUCUUCCAGCAUCUCAACAAGGACAAGGACAUGCUGAAGUAUGAGGUGAUCUGCCAAAGCUCAGAGCUGGCCAAGGACAUCCUGGUGCCCUCCUUCGACCCCAAGAGCAAGCACUGUGUGUUUCAAGGUGACCUCCUGCUGUUCAGCUGUGCUGGUGCCCACCCCAGGCACCGGAGGAUCUGCCCCUGCCGGGACUUCAUCAAGGGACAGGUGGCGCUCUGUAAAGACUGUCUAUAGCGGGCCCCCAGCUCCGCCCCCUGUGCUCUACUGGGGAAGACAGUGGCUCCAGCCCCUGGGGGCAGGACCAGGGAGCAGAAGUCAUCAGGGGCUCUCACCAGAGCCUGAACUUUCUGGUGGAAGGUCUCCAUUUGCUGUGGCUCCUGCUGUGGUCAGCAUCCCAGUGGGGUUUUUCACCAACACAAAACGAGAGCUGACAUCAAGCUGGGAGCCUGGCUUUCUCCCUGGCGCACCUUCGUUUUUAAUUCUGGAGGAGCUACUGUAGGGAGACUGACUGUGCAGCUGCUCCAGGGUAGAAAAAGAAUCUUAAGAUUCAUUUAAACAAAACAAAACCAGAGGAGGAAUUGAGCUGAUCGGAAAGAACUUUGGACGGGAACAUUCCUAAACCCAUUAACUUAUUUAUUUGGGAGGGAGGGAGGGGAGCUGGGGAGGGCAAAGAGGGACUGAUCACAUGUCUCGUUGCUUCUUUGAUUUUCCACUGGUGGCCAUCCACCUUCACGAUAAUAUUCCUGCUGUCUGCUCUGGGCAGGGUGCUCGUCGGGGUGCUGGUGGCAUGCUUGAGGGCAGCUGUGGAGACCUAGCUCCUCCAAGUGGAUGAUGGCAGAACAGAAAAUAAUCUUGUGUGCUUGACAGAUGGCAGCUAGGGGGCAGGCACCCCCCUGGGUGUGGGCGGACGUGUCUGUGUGGUCCAGAAACCCCAGCCAGGGACCAAAGAUGGGCUGCUUUGCAGUGAAGGUGAAAAGCUUCUUUCCUCUGUCCACUCCUCCCCCCAAAAAAACCACACCCACACACUCCUUGACCAUAAUUUCUAGUUAGGGUUCCUUCAGGGAAGAAAUGCAAGAUUGGGGGAAUGACAUUUGCCAACUUGUGGCAAAUUCACUCUCCCUCCUGUACCACUAGAAGGAGGAAAGUAGAAAUAAGGGGCUAAAGGAGCUACCCUUAGACUUGGAGGUCAUGCUCUUUAUGCCUUGAGAGGUUGUCUUUCAGCUAUUUGGAUAGGAGUAAAGUUGGUCCCUAGGAACCAGUGGUACCACCAGAGCUGGGCUCCAGACAGGUGGCUUGUGUUAUAUUCCCUCUAAUGUCUGACGUCACCAAAGUCCAGGGAAUGGGGCUCCUGGUGAACUUGAUGUUGGCUGGGGGGAGCAAGGGCAGGCCAGGCAAGGAUGAAUGUGCAGGGUCCUGGACACUUACCUGUGAGUGUGGGUGUGGCUUGCAAUGGGGUAGGAUCUGAUGCUGGCGCUUCCUCCAGGCACAGUAUUCUGAGGGGUGAACCGGUUGGCAGGUUGGACCAAACCAUGGAGUCCUUAUGCACUGCUUUUGUGUGAGUUCUCAGCCCCUCUGCACCCCCUACCCCCCCACCCCACCCCACCCCAUUUCAUUGCUUUACAUAUAUACAUGUGUGUGUUUCCUAUGAAGCCCCUGGUGUCUCUGUGCUGAUAAGAGUGACCCCUCUUCUCUCUCUGGCAGAAUGUCCCCAUUAUGAGCUGUCCGUGAUCUGCCCAGCCUUCACUGAUGGUUCUGAGUGCCUUGGUCGCCUAGCACUGUGCACCAUGCCAGCAUGCCAUGGGGGCAGCAGCCAGGCUCUGCCAAGCAGAACAGAUGGGCAAGGCCAGUGGCUGGGUAGGCCUUCAGGACAUGAGGUUAAAGUUAGAAUUCUGCUUCCUGAGGACCAGAGGGAGUGUGAAGCCUUUAGGUAUGGAAAGUUAGAUUCCUCCUGCUUCUCGCUUUUCCUUGGGUAUAAAAUUAAUAUCAAAUGAAAAGCCAGCCUUUUUUUUGGGGGGGGGGGACCCUUUUGGAGAUCUUAAUUGCACCUCCCAUCUUAGAGAAUAGGAGGGAGGGGAGGGCAGCCAGCAUUUCCCCACCACAAAGGUGACCCACAAACACAUGUGCCAAGGAGAAUGCUGAUGAGGAGGGCCUCUGCCCUGAGCAUAGAUGCAGGGUGCCCCUCACCAACUGGCUGAGAACAGCAACAAGGGCAGAAGUCUACAGGAAAGCCUGGUGAUUUUGGUGUGAAUGCCAGGGUGCUUUUAAGCUUUGCAAGGGCAGCCUCCUGCAGUGGGAUGGAACAACUGCCAUUCCUGCUGUUAGGAACUGCUUUUCCCUGGUUCUGGGCUUCCCGGCUGCAGCCUUGCUAGUGGGAAUUUGCUUGAGCGCCCAGACUUGCACAUUCCUGGGUCAGUGCUGCCCUCUCCUGGGCUCUUCUGGGAGCUUCCAGGACUAAGGAGGUGAGUGCAGGUGUUUGACCAGCAGGGGGAGCCUGUGAGCCAAAACCCACGUCCCCACGCUUUGCCAGAUGAACCCGUUUUGCAGAGAGCUGUUAGAAGGAGCACAGAAACUCAGAGCAAGGAAGUUGGAAAGCCCUGUUCUCAGAAGGAUGCUGUGCCAUCCAGCCUUAUGUUCCAGAAGUUGCAGGGAUUGUUUGCUGGCUGCCCCUGAGCUCAGGGCCCCUCCGCCUUCCCAAGAAUUCCUCUUGCCCAUGUCAGGACCCGCUGAUCAAGCAGCCAGGAGAGGACUUCCCCCAUUGGAAGAUCCCUCAUUUCCCCCAUUCCAGUACUGGCCUGAAAUAAGCCAGAGUUCUGCCCAAAGGGUUGCAGCUCCUGGGGCAAAGAAACACACACUCCAGUUGUUAAGCAUUAUGAGUAGAGGUGGAGACACUGGAUAUAUACUAGCUCCCAGGCCUCCACAAACUUGGCCCAAGUCUGGUCAGUGACACCCAAGAGGACAUUGGUGUCAUCUGCCCUGUGAGGAAGGUGUGCAUUACCCGCCUGCCCUGGGAGAGAAAGGAGCCUCAGAGCGUGCACUGGGAGCUGGUGCCAGUCUUGAUAGAAUCCUGCACCAAUUUGUAACUGAUGGCAGUUCUACAGGGAGAGAAAGCUUCAAUCAGAGUUAGUGUCUUCCUGUGUUCUAUCUCUUAUCUGUCGUCUGGUCUUUUUAGUUUUUGUACGUUUUUUUUCCUUAAAUGAGCUUGGAUUUUUUUUUCCUCCACUGUGAUCCUAAGUUCUUAAAAAAAAAAAAAAAAAAAGUGAGGAAAAUCUUUAAUUUAUUAUAGGAGAGAAAGCUUUCCUUUGAAACGUAAAGACUUUCAGGAGUCAAAACUCCUGAAAGAGGAAACACACUUCUACUGCCAGUAAACACCUCAUUUAUUUUGUGUCUGUAACUUGAUUUGCACAUGUACAAUUGGACAAACGUUUUGCAUUUUUGCUUAGAUUGGGUUUUUGUCACUGCUUAAGAGUUUACUUUUGUAUUUGCUUUUAUGUUUGGAAAUACUGAGAGCCCUUUUCUUUGGUGAUAUUUAUUGUUUCUCUGAUGUGCCUUUUCACUUUUCUUUGGGGUCAGUCUUUGGAAUCUGGGUUUUGCUGAAGAAAGAUGCCUCCAGCUUGGAGCUAGGGCAUGUCCUGGCAUUGUCACGGGCAACUCAGGCUGGGGGCCAGAAACGCCUUCCAAGCCCCUCAGCCACAGCCUGCGUGCACAGACACCCCCCUGAAGGUGUAAGAGCCCCAAGAGAAGGACUGGCUUCCACGACCAGCCCACACCCUGACAGGCUGCUCCAUCAGGCCUUUGUGUUUGUCUGGAAACUGCUGAUGGACACGUCCCCGCAGUCCUGUGCUCCAAGCCACCCUGGCGCUGGCUGAGGGGCAGCCGUGCCUGAGACAUGCCUGCCUGAGGGGAAGCUGCCCCACUGAGCUCAUGGGAAGGACUGGCCCCAAACCCCUUCACCUGGUUAGCAUGACAGAGGGGAAAGAAUAUGCACCCCCUCUUGCUUCCCUGCCCUGGCAAACAUGGCAACUUCUCCCCAGUGCAGCUCACUGGUAGUGGAGGCCUGAAUGCAAACGGCUGCAGUGAAACUGCUGUUUAUGGGAAGGUUUAGUGUUUAUUUAGACCAACCAAGGCAGGCGGCCCUAUUCUCCAAGGUGGUUUACCUAGAUUGUGUAUGUAAUUGGGACUUUGCCACCCUCUCCCAUGCCUGCCACCACCCCCAUCUUUUUUUUUUUUUUCUUUUUUUCUUUUUUAAGGUCUAUUAACGACAGGCUCUGCUAUGUUACUCUCCCAAGCCUGGAUUGUUUUAUUUAUUGAAAAAAUUUUCAUUUCCACCUUGGCUUCAUUCUAACCCCAUCCUUCCCUCUGAGGCCACAGAGCACCUUCCUGGGAAGAGAUGGACAGAUGUAAAGCCACCCAGACUUCUUUGGGAAGGUGAGAAUUUCCUAAAGCGGAGGGCAGGUUCCUUUCCUUCUCGUUGGCUUCAAGGGAAAAAAAAAAAAAGGGAAAACCAAGUUUUUCUAGAAAAGGCCAAAUUAGCUGUUUAGUGUCAGAUGCAGAAGACAAUUACCCUAGCUUUCUUAGCACUUAGGGUUCUUGUGAGGAUUCAGUGUUUAGCAGUGUCUGGCAUAGAGUAAGCCCUAGUCAAUGUUAAGUAGUGUUGUUAUUUGCAUUUCAUAAAAUUUGAGAGAAAAGAGCUGAGCUCACCUCCUAUCACUGAUUCCAAAGUAAUACCUAUAGGAAAAGACUAAGUUGAUGGAAAGUUGUAGGAGUGACUGGUUUAGAACACCCAAGUCCCAUGCCCACCCUGCUGAUUGAAACAUUAUUGUGUGCAGGAAUGCAGUGAUUUGAAACUAUGCCUGCCUUCAGCCCAGGUGGAACUGGGCUACAAGAAAUUUGUAAACUGGAGAUAAGGGGUGACCUUUGGCCACAGGCUGGAUCCCACCCCACUGAUACCUUCAAGCCCCUUCAAGGGUUUCUCUUUGCAGAAGUUUUUUGAGCUUGGAAUUAAAAUGAAUUCUCUGACUGACAGACUGUCUGUCCCCUUAGAGUUAUCUAUCUUCCUCUAAAAUGCAAUAAAAGAGGCUUUUGUAUUUAAAGGGAAAGGGAAUGACCCAGUCCACUUAAUCCUUCCCUGGGAAGUCCUUUUGCUGCCCCCUGCUGGCCAGGGUGGCUCUUCCACUGUCCAGUCCAGGAGGAUCAGACUCCCGAGCUGGUGAGAUGCUAUGUUGCUAUCAAAUUAAAGUUUAAUUCCACAGGGGUGGCAGGGCUCUUCAGAACUCCAAGAGGCUACUCCUGGCUUAAUGAUGUUGUCCCAAGUCACCCGAAUGUCAGUUUGCUUUUUGUGUUAUUAGGAUUUCAGCCUCUUAACUUCCCUGUAUAGAUUUAGAAUUUUAUUUCCUCUCCUAGCUUGGCCCUAUUCUGGAUAGACUGUAGUUGUUGAAAAUAGAGGAAUGUGUUGGAGUCCAGUGUCUUAAAGAUCCUUUGGAUUCUCUGCAGCUGAAUUGCAGUCUUAUCCUUCUGUAAGUAUUGGCAUUUACCUUCUUCAAAGCAUCAUUUCCUCUAUUUUCCCGGAUUCUGUGGCACCUUAGGAUUACACCCUGAGUCCCCUGCAGCUGGUGAGGCAUGACAGGGACAGAAGGGUAACCCUGUCAUCACAUGGUGGGCAGGACCCUGUGUCUGUGGGGGUGGUCUGGGUGCCCAGAGCACUUGCAGUGCUGGAGUCUCCCUGGGACAGCCUGGCGGGAGCCUAGCACAGUCAGCCAUGUCCACCGAGGCUCCAGUGGAGCAAACUUGGGAAACCUUUGCUCACUGUCCUGUCUAGCAGGACAAGCAAGAGUGGAACGAUCGAUGCCAAAGGAGAGGGUGACGUCCUUUCUGCUGUAGUUGCUGUCACAACCUCGAUGUCUGUAAGCUAAUGGCCGUUCGUGUUUAUGUCUUCAACCAGCAACUGGUACGACCAUUUUCUACUGUUCACUUCCGGGGUUAAGUAGUGCAGGAGUCUGCAAAUAAGGUGGUGUUGUCCAAUGUACUGUACCAGUGUAGAGAGCACUGCUUUGUUUUCCACUGUUGUAGAGAAAACUAGGGAGAACUUUAUUUUUCAAUAAACUUUUCUUGUGUGA